AUGCACUCCGCCGGCCCCUCGCCCCACCCCCCCCACCCCCCGCCUCCCGACGCGGGCAGCGGCGGCGGCCCCCGGGGGCUGUCACCUCGAGGCGCGUUGCGCUCCCGAUGGCGGGGACCCACCCGGGCGCCAGGACUCCCGGGAGAGAGACGGCCCGCGCGGGCGGUCAGCACCUGCUCUGCGUCUGUCCGUCUGUCCUCAUCCCCGACCCCCUGGCUCACCCGACUAGUGGCGCGGACAACGGGGCCCAGGACGCCCGCAGGCCCCGGCCGGGCUGGAAUCCGGCGGCUGGAACCCCCCGGGGGCGCUCAAUUCCCGGGCUCCACGCUGCUGCGUCAGCGCCUCCUCCUGGGGGCCGGGGCCGGGCGGGCGGGCGGAGCGGGGGCCGCGACCGGGCGGGGCCGUCGGAGGAGCGGGCGGGCCCGGUCCGGGCGGGAGGGCUGCUGGGGCCGUGCAGGCGGGGCGGGCGUCCAGACAGGCGGGCGGCGGGGCCGGGCUCCGGGAUCCGCUACGCCGCUCGCGGUUCCCCCACAAACUCCCCGAGAGCGGAGCCUCCGCCGCCCUCCUUCCUGCUUCCUCGUCCGCAGCCAAUCGGAUUAUGGCCCUCCGCCACCUCCACCAAUUAGCAACAAGCCCUGGGCUGGCCCCCGCCAGCCAAUCCCGGCCCUCUGUUCCCCCUCCCCGCCCCGGACCAAUCAGAGCCGCCCCCACCGGCCGGCCUGUCCCAACGCAGGGGGCAGCACGAGGCUGCCGGGGGAGGAGUCUGCCGACCCCCAAGACCCUCUCCCCAGAAGCUCGCCCCAGCUACCCCCCCCGGGAAAGUCUUACGUAGCGCCCCCCCAUGCUAGCAUUCCCCUUCCCGUCCCCCACCCCCCACCCCCUCCAUCUCCCGCCCUCCCGCCCAGCCACCCAUCCAGGGAAACUGCAGGAGGCACGGACACACCCCACCCUCGCAGGCUCCUGCUGCCCGAGGUUAAGCUAGGGGGAACCCAGCAAGAAAAGAAACAAGCUUGGACGCCCCCUGCAUUAGAGACCCCAGACCCCACUUUCACCUAUUUCCAUCUCGCGGCAAAGGCAAAUGUGCGUUCCCCUACACCGCCACCCUUCCCACCCCCCACCCGCCAUCAGCCCACUACGGGAGUCGUCAGGAGAGCUCCCGGAGCAAAGGGUGGGCAGUGUGACAGUCUCAGCGGGGCUACCUCAGAGUCCUCGAGCCGAGAUGCAGUUAUUUUGGCAGAUCGGGUGGGGAGUCCAGACGCCGAGGCGGAGGGGAGAGGCGAAGAACAAUCUAGAUCCACUGACAGUCUGAAGACCUGGGUCUGGGAGCAAUAUGCUCUGGGCCCCAGGCAUGGGAGGGAGCAACACCCAAAGAGAACUCGGUCAGAAGAAACCAAGCCUCCUAGUAACCUAAGCAACCCUCCCGAGAGCUGCGGUAUCAUAAGCGCAUAG